AGAGGAAAAGUUUGAGGACAGCAUUCUUUCCAUUUUCCCUGUUUCAGCACCUUUUAUCCACUACAAUUUUUGCUUCACCUCUAGCUGAUUCUGAAAGAUGGGUACGGUGUCGUUUGCCUUGGGACUCUUACCUUGCUCUUCUUCUUACGGUCAAGUUCGAUUUCCCGUUUUGAACAACACCAACUCCCUCAAACUGAGUUUCUCAGCAAGCAUUUCUGCUCCAAUUCUCCAUCAAAAACGCUCCACUGUUCCUUCUACUCUUCCUCUAAGGCUUCGCCCUCUCACCGUCGUAUCUGCCAAAGGCUACAAAAUGAAAACCCACAAGGCUUCGGCAAAACGAUUUAGGGUUACGGGUCGAGGCAAAAUUGUGCGUAGGAGAGCCGGAAAGCAGCAUUUACUUUACAAGAAGAAUACAAAGCGCAAAUUGCGACUCUCCAAAAUGCACCCAGUCAGCAGGAGUGACUAUGACAAUGUAAUUGGAGCCUUACCAUAUCUGAAAGUAAACAGAAAAGCUACAUAGAUUUCGUGUUUGCAAAUCCUAGCUAGGUUUAGUCUAGAGAUUUGUGAUGUCUCCAAUAUGCUUUUACCUCUUCUGAAAGUUACUAUAUUUUUCAGAUGAAUACAGGCAGUUUUUUCUAAUUGAGAUAUCAGUACCUCAAAAAAAUGGUACACCUUCCUGCAUCAUGUAAUAGUUUGUAUCAUCGUAUUGUAACUUGUAGUAUUUAAUUAUUACAUCUUCCUAUUUAUCUUUGGAAUUAUUUAGCCAGGUAUGCUCAAUCAUGUGAUCAUCAUAGUCUAUUUGUUGAGUAAAUGAGGAAUGU